AUGACCAAGCACAAGCUCAAACUCAAGCGCACGCCUGAGGAAGAAGCACAACGUCGACUUCGGAAGGAGAGGAAGAAAGAGAAGAAACGAAAGAGAGAACAAGAGGGCACCUAUGGGUCAUCUAAACGCGUUCGCUCUGAUGAUCUAGGAGAAGGGCCAUCGCGCAAGUGGGCCAGCAGCGACGAAGAUGAAGUAUCAUCCAGCUCGCGUGUCAACAAACCUGAUUACGACGCGAUCCGGGCGGGGAUAGAGGAAAGGGAAUUCAGAGCAAAGAUGUUUGAUGCAAUGGGUGAUGACGAGAGGCUGGAUUCACUAGAGGCUGGCUUCAACGACUACGCACACGUUCCUGACCGUUGGCGGACUUCAGGUUCCGGUCUGAGAAAAGACAGGACACAUUAUUAUGAUGGAGACGAGUAUUCAAAGCUGGACCCGAGAAACAUGGAUGAUGAAGAAUAUGCUGAGUGGAUUAGGGUUGGGAUGUAUAGGAAAACUCAUGCUGACGAGUACGCUGAGCAACAGCGUCAGAAGGCUGCUCGUGAGGCGAGGAAGGCCGAAGAGAAGGCGCGCAAAGCGGAGACGGCUCGCCUCGAGAAGAUAGCGGAGGAAGAGUGCCAAAUCAAGAAAACGGAGCGCGAACGUCACCGACUUGAACGUGCCAGAGAGAACUACAACAUGCGUUGGGGCGCACUGUUGGGCACUGGUAGCGCUGCCGAUGCUGUGCACCCGGUGCUCUCCUUUGACGACAUUCCAUGGCCGAUCUUGGCUGCGCAUGGCGGCAGACGACCUGACCACAUGGGCGCGGGCAGUGGCGCGUCGUCAUCUUCCUCGAUCCGCGUCGAGCAACUGACAGCGGAGAACAUUUCGUCAUUCUUGUUGGAACGGGCUGUGAAGUCGGAUUCUGCUGCUCCCGACUCACUAGGGGAAGGUGAUAUAAACGCUGAAACUGCGCCCAAGACGGAGCGAAAGGAAAAGCUGCGAGAAACAUUUCUCCGAUUUCACCCUGAUAAAUUUGAAGGGAGGUUCAUGAAGAGGGUCAGAGAGGACGAGAGGGAGAAGGUGCGGGAAGCGAUAGGACAGGUCAGCCGUGCUUUGAACUCACUGAUGGGUGAUGGUUGA